GUGUGGUCAUUACUUCUUAGCCGAUAUACACGCGUUGUAGUUUCAGAAUGGAUGCCUCGUUCGGCAGUGAUUUUCUCGACGAGAUACUCAACAAAUCUUACGAAUUACAGUAUCUCGAUUUUUUGGAUGAUGAUUUUGCUGAGUUUGACGAAUUCCAGGUUUCAAUCAGUGUGCAUGAAAACUGUGCGAUACAGCAAAACGCGUGCGCAAUUAACAACGACUUUGAUUACGUAGGAUGGGAUGCAGCAUGCGCCGUCGUGGGAGUCGUUCAAGAAACAAGAGAUCGGCAAGCUUCGUCAGUCGACAACAACAUACAAGUGCCCGCGGAGAGGUGCGCGGCGAAUAUACGAGAGAGACGGCGCAUGUUAAGUUUGAGCAAAGCGUUUGAAAAACUUCGCAUUCAUAUUCCGACCUUUCCGUAUGAGCGUCGGUUGUCUAAAAUCGACACAUUAAAACUUGCCAUCGCGUACAUACAUCUCUUGAAGGAAGUCCUGAUAUCCGGCCAGUCGCCAACGGAUUACCUAGACGUCUGCCGCCAAGUGGACUAUACGAACAAAAGCGCCAUAAAAUGGAGUACAAGUGAUUUGGUGGCCCGUUUAUCUUGGAUUAAAUGGAAUUGAAGAGUCAAUCAGCCGCAAUUGUAAUGUAUUCUAAUGACAAAAAAGACAUAUUUUCAAACCGAGCUGAUGAUUGCCACUUUCAUCAUGCAACUCUAUGAACCGUACUGUGUAGGCCUAAGGAUUCGAACCCAGCACCUGGGAUUGGACGGCGGGCAACUUAAUCAGAAAUACAGCUCCAUUCCAAUUUACAGCGUCAGCCGAUGUAUUGUAGUGCAGACGCGACGCUAUCCCGAUCACAACUCGGCGAUGUGUUAAAUAAGCGAAGGGCCGAGCAGUUAAGGCAGGGGAACCGCAAUCUAGAGUACAGCCAAAAUAUCAACUGGAACAAGUCUUCUCGGAUAAAGAACUGUAAUCUGUAGGCCCAGUGUACACAAUUGUCUCAUGAUGUGCACUUCAAAGAAGCGAAUGGCUGAGAGGAAGGAGCACUACAACCUAGAUACAGCUAUAAUAUCGGUGUUAGUUCGAAUUAACGGUACUCUCGCCUAUAAUGGUUCUGGUGGUGGAACAAGUCUUCUAGGAUAAGGACAAUUAAACCGUAUGCAUGCCCAGUGUACACAAUUAGCCCAUGCGCACUUCCAAGAACGCAGUGCAUCUUUUGAGACGUGUAGGGGGUUACCCCGGUGUACUGGUUCAUAAAGCCCCUGUUACCAUGCCGUUAUGGACCAUUAGGUCAUCUGCAGGAUAUACCUACGUAAACGCAAACGAAGUGUGGAGUGAAACUUUGAAAAACGUUUAGAAUCUCCCUAUUCUAGUGUAGCGAAUUGAAUUGCAUUUGUUGUAAGGUACUAAUGUAAUAAAUAUAAACAGGCAUCCUUGAAGGGCUGAAAUGCAAGUUUCUAUAGGGCACCGUCUUUCGGAUGAGACAUUUAUACCGUUGGUCCCGUGUACAAUAUGGCCCAUGUGCACGUAACGCAGUACUUUGGAAAAUGUAUGGUGCACUGCCGAAUACAUUACCACUGGAAAUAAUUAGGAUUUUCAAAGGUUAUCCUUAGUGUUUCACACCGAAGAAAUUCAAUUCAAGCCCCUUCCUAUUCCAGUAUAGCUAAUAAAUUGUGAUUAUAAUAAUAUACUAACGUAAUAAAUACAAGAUAAGCCAUGAUAAAAGGAUUUGAAUUCUAAUUUAAGGCACUAUCAUGACACAUAAAGUUAUAC